CUUAUCUAAACAAACCAUAGUGAUAAACUGGAAAUAAUAAUGAGAAAUAGACAUAUACUACUAAUAUUACUAACAUGACUACUAUUGCCAUUAUUUACAUAAAUGAUUAAACGAUUUUGAUUGGUCAAUUAAAUUUAUCAUGAUUAACCAAUAGGAUUAAAGGAACAAGAAAUGAAUUAAUACUAAUAAUAAUGAUCAUGUUCAUAUUGAAUUAUUUGAUCUGGAUCAAAAUUCAUUCAUAGAUCUCAUAAUGAAUAGAUCGAUACCAUUGAAAUCAAUGAAAGAAACUGAAUUAUUUGAUAUAACAAAUCAAUUAAAAUUAUGGGCAAUUAAUAUGUAUCAUUUAACAGCAACAAAAGAUCAAAAGAAAUAUGAUCCAAUUGAAUUAAUAUUACGUAUAAUAUGGGAUGAUAUACAUGUGAAUAAUGAGAAACCAGAAUAUUAUGAUAAUAAUCGAAUAAAAUUACCUAAAUCUAAUAUAUUAUUCUCUACAACAUUUAAAAAUAAUACAGAUUCUGAACAAGAAUAUAAUUUUCAUACAGAACGUUGUACUAGAUCAAUCAUUGAAAUUGAAAUACAAAAAGGUGUGAUAUUAACAAAAGAAUUAUCAUUGAAAUUAGCGUUACCUAAUUCAAUUAUGGAAGCAAAUGCUGGAUUUAAACAUGAAAUUUCAAUUGGAUCAUCAACAAGACAAUCAACUGAAGAAGAACUUGCAUGGGGUGUAGAUACACGUAUUACAGUACCACCAAGACAUUCUGCUUUCGCUGAAGUAAAAAUUGAAGAAGAAGAAAUGAAUUGUUGUUUUCGUUUAAAAACAUCAAUGUAUGGACGAAUACGAAUAUUAUUCUUAGAUCCAAUACAUGAUAAUACAUUAAUUAAAUAUCUUGAAGGUGACUUCGGUACAAUUAUACAAGAAUCAUUAAAAUCUGAUCGUUUUAAACAAAAUAAUCAUGAACAAAAUUCUUAUUUAUGGACUGAAUCAAUGGCAAAUUCAAAUCAACGUAUAUUUUAUAUAGAAACAUGUGGAAAAUGUAAAUUUCGUUUUGGUGUACAUCAAUUUGUUGAAGUUAAUCAAAAAGUACAUUUAGAAAAUAAUUAUAAUAAUAAUAACUGAUAGUUGCUAUGGCAACUAUCAGUUUAAACAAUAUAUUAUAGGAUACUAUUAUUUUGAUCAAAGAAAAACAAAAAUUGAAUUCAAGUGCAUUUCAAAUGAUCCUUUUAACAAUCUAUUUGAUCCCAUAUGUAUAAAGAUCAUUGAUAUUUUUAUUCAUGUGUUCAUUUUCCUUUACAAUUUAAUAUAGUUUGUUUAUUUAUUUAUUUAAACACAUAA